UCUAAGACUUGAAAUUUCCCACCAUGCGGCGCAAUGAGGUUGAGGAUGAGGUCGACAUGGAAGGUGCUGACUACGACGCUGAGCGCUACGAAGCCGAUUCUCCCGAGGAAGAGGAUGGCGAUGAGCCGGAGGAGGAAGAUGAAGACGACCAAGUCGGUGUUACUGUUCUAGAUGAGGACGUUCAAUCCAACGAUGACGACGUCAUUGUAGAAGAAGAGGAGGAUGACCAGCUUAGCAAUACUUCGUCGCAGCCGGCACAAUCAUCGCGGCUCAAGAUCAAGUUGAAGCUUCCCACUGUGCCGAGCUCAACGUCCAACACAGCUACACCAGCACCGGAAGAAUAUCAUCAUCCACCCAAACGAUCCUCUGCACGAACAAGGAGGAUAGUACCAGAUUCCUACCUUGAAAGCUCAGAAGAUGAAGAUAAUAACGAUGACGAUGAUGAGAGGUCUAUGUCACCUGAAUCUGAGUCGACACCUCAAGUUAUUCCUUCGAAGAAGCGUCUCACGUCAAGGCAGGCCGUUUUAGCCAACGUAGUUGACUCUUCGCAUGUUUCUUUGGAUGGUGACACUGCAAUAUCCGUAGGCAAGGGUAGAAAAAAGCAACUCAAUGAGACCGAGUUAGCCUUGCGUCGGGAAGAGACAGCCAGGAAGAGGAAGAAUCUUUCUGAGAAAAAGCUAGAGGAUGAAAAGGUUGAAACUAUUAACCGACUGCUCAAAAAACAAACACGUCCACGGGGGGGUAAACGCAACGGAACCACUACUGGCACAGGUACUCCCUCCGGAGUCAAGGCCCAGAACGACAGUGAUGAAGAGGCCAUGGAGGUGGAGGGAAGUACAGAGGAGCCUCCACCUGCGCCUAUAAUACCCGUCAUGUACCGAUGGAUAUCCUCAUCCUGGCCUCUCCAAGUUGAUUCUAGUCCUGGAGCCGAAGAUAAAGUGGACGUCGACGACACUGUAUCAGAGGAGAAGAUGGAUAUUGAUGGUGUGGUAGGGAGGGAGAAAAAUGAUGGUAAUGAAGAAGGGAAGAUGAUCUUGACGUUCUCAGUUCCGCCGUCUUUACUGCCGGAGGGCGCACCUCGCCCUCCGGCACCGCCAAGGCCAAUACCGAAAUGCAAUGUGGAGGGUUGCAAACUCAAUAGAAAGUAUAGGCUCGUUAGAAACUGGGAUAUGGGAGCUUGUGGGAUGGCCCAUCUGAAGCUACUGCAGGCUUGAUGGUUAAUUGGCGGUGGACUGCUGUUUAUUGGUAUAAUCCCGGUAUGUUUAUUUGUUGCAUGAUUUGAUGAAUGUUCAAAAUCGUUGGUACGCCCAACUAAAAGGAGCGCUUCUUAGAACAGCGCUAGAUUCAUACAGAUAAGUAGGCGAAGAUAGUCCAAAUUUUGAUGUAAAUGAUACAUUGACAAUAGAAAGAAAAUGGAAAGCUACUCUCCC